AAAAGGAACGUGAUGUUUAUUUACGUGCUCAAGUCAAUCACACGGAAAUCACAAUAUAAUAGUCAUUACGCACAAACGCGAAAAUUCCAAGUGUGAUGAUUCUAAACUUCUGAAAAUGUUGUGGUAUCUACCAUUCUCGGAAAGUAUCAAGAAAAGAGCCUGCAGAUACCUCCUCCAGCGUUACCUCGGCAACUUUCUCGAAGAGAAACUUACUUUGGAUCAGCUGAGUGUAGAUCUAUACAAUGGAACUGGGACUGUAUCCGAUGUUAGCCUUGAUUGCGAGGCACUCAAUGAACUUGGAGACGCACAAAAUUGGCCCCUGGAGAUUGUUGAUGGUCACAUGAAAGAGAUCACAGUCACAGUGCCGUGGUCAACACUUCUAAAAGAUGAUUCGGUUGUGGAAAUCAACGGGCUUUCACUCACGGUGCAGCCUAAAGUUAGAGCUGAACCAGUAUCGUCAAUGCUGGAGUCGAUGUGGUCUUCCAUGUCUUCGUCCAUGCAGCUGGCAGCCGAGUGUCUGCGAGAGGAAGCCGGCCCACAGGAAUCUAACCCUGUGGAGGGGAUUGAGAUGUUUGCACAUGCUAUUGAUUCAAUUCUCAGUAGAGUAAAAGUCAAGUUUAUUAAUACAAAGAUAAGAAUUGAACAUGUUCCUAAAAAUGGCGACAGAGGCAUCGCUUUGGAGAUCCAUAUACAAAAUGUUCACUACUUUGAUGAGGCUGGUGCUGAACCAGUACCUGAUGCCACGGAUCCUGAAAAAGCCAAAACCUACAUCGUGGCAACAUACACUAACAAAAAAAUUAAGUUUGACGGUGUCACAUUUUAUAUAGACGAGUUUCCAUCGAAACUACGGACAAUGGCUCCCAGUCUAAUCAUGGAAAAAUCUGCUUCGUCAGUCGCGACAAAAUCAGAUGGUACCGUUGAGUCUCCCGACUCCAACUACCAAAGCACCAUGUCGGAUAUAUUCUAUGAAACUAGAAGUGUCAUAUCUACCAUAGAGUCAGAUCCUAUAAAGGAAAUUAUUGGGGAGCAGCAGACGAGUAUUCAUGAAGCGACUCCAGAGGAACGGAGUAAUCAGCCAGAUCCGAUACUAUUUGCAAAAUUAGGAGGUUCUCAGGAGCUGUCCUUGAAACUCAAACAUUCUGAUGAGGUUGAAGGACCGAAGGUGGAAGUCAAGAUACUGUUGGGAUCUUUCCUAAUAUUCCUCACACCGAGACAGUUGCAUACAAUCAUUGAAUUGAUUGAAGCUCUAAACCAGCCGCAUCUAGAAGAUACCAGUAACAUACCAAUACGGGAGCACGUCAAUAUGCAGUGCAAGCCCAUGAAGCACGCCGACUUCCAGUUCAUUGAGGCUCAGCUGCUCGGCAACUUGGAGAAGCAACAUUCCAAGCCCAUGGCCAUGUAUGGCUGGUCAGGCCCUAGUUUCGAGGAAAGUGACGCGGAAAGCGACAAGUUCCUCCCGAUGACGUCACAGGCCGCCGCUAUGACGGAGAGCUUCACGUCGUCAGUGAGCUCCAUGAACACGAGCAUGACGUCCAGCGUCCACACGUCCUCGUCGCCCAAGAUCAGGAGGAACAAGAGGGUGUCACACAUUGACGGCGACCCGACGGCAGAAGUGUCGCACAUAAGUCUACGCAUUGCUUCGGUGUCGUGCGUGCUUCUUCACAAGGACGUGCUAUUCCCAACGCCGAUCUCCGGGCGGUUCGUGACGGUGGCGUCGGCGACUCGCCUUCAGCAGCUAUCCACGGAGUUCUUCUCCCGCAUACAGACAUUCACCACCCUGGACGACAGAAGACUGAGCAGCAUCAACAAGUCGCUGGAUGCUGCUACUGAUAGAGAUCAUCUCAGAUUCCUAGCGCUCGAGAUCAGUCUGGACGGCAGCGAGAAGGUGACGGCGCACGGCAGCCAAACGGUCUGCGAGGCGGCCGUUCGGAAUGCCCUGCUGCGAGAGUGUCUCUACAACCAGGCUGACGAGAGGCAUACGAGCUUCGACCUCGUCAAGUUUGAGAAUAAAGAUGAUGCCGAGAACAGCUUAACAUCCAAGGCUAAUUUGAAAAUAAACUUCAAACAGACAUCGAAAUACUUGUGCGUGUCCGGAGAGAGAAAACUCGUUCAUCCCACCACGGAUAUUGUAUUGAAAUGCAUGCCGUUCCACGUGGACAUUGAGUUGAGCGUGCUAGACCGCGUGUGCGCGAGCGUGUGGCCGCCGCCCCGCGCCGCGCCCGCCCCGCCCCCGGCCACGCCCCCCGCCCCCUCGCACAACCACCUCAGCUUCGCGCUGCACUGCCCCGACUUAGCGCUGUUGCUGAGAUUCCCAAUAGUGGAUCUGCGUCCCGGCGUAGAUCGCGACGCGCGGCGCGUGCGGCCCGACUACUUAGAGUUCAAGUUCCAAAACGCGACGCUCAGCUGCGCGCAGACGCCGUCGCUGCGACCGCUCCCGACCACGGUCUCGCUUACCUCCACUAUACUUGACUUGUAUUAUCAUGAAAAUGAACAUUCGACCCCCACUCAUAUAGCCAGAUCGACGAUGGAUGAAUCCAAAUUCGAAAGAAACAUCCUCAAAUGCAAUACAGCUACUCAUUUACCUACGAUAUCCCUUACCUUCCAAAAGCGUGAAUCAGCCAAGCCGUUCGACUCUCUACACGAAGAUCUAAGCUUCGAGCCGGCCAAGGCAGCACACCCCAUGACGACCUCCAUGUAUAUCAUGAAUAACCUACGAAGCACUUUACCAAGUCCGUUCAGUGGCAAGAAGAUGGCGCACCAGAGUAUUAAUAAGAAUGAGGCUAAUUCUCAAGGUCAAGAGGAGGAGAUAAUAGUGCCGGGCACGGACGAGGAGAUGGCAGAGUUCACCACCAGCGCCGUCGACAACUCCGCCAUACACCUGGACUUCACCCUGCCCAUAUUGAGUCUGCAGCUUGAGUCGAAGCAGAUGUACGAGAUUAUCUACAACCGCAUCAACUCGGACCUGCUGUUGUGGGAGCCGCGCGGAACUGACGGCUUGCCAGACUGCCCGAUCAACCCGGCAUUUGGAGCGUGCAAGAGCGCUGCGUAUGAUUCCGACUCGGACAGUUCAACAUCGGAUGAGGACAAUCUCUACUACUCCACAUACGACGGCAAAGCGAAGAAGAAUGCGCCGCCAAAAGUCGCACAAGAUACUAACGAGAACGAGAUGCACAACUUCUGUCUCACUUUCAAAGUCGGAGAGGGAUUGCUUACCAUUUAUGCUCCCGUGCGAGACAGCAACAAGCGCGUGGUCCCCGGUCAGACAGGCGAGCUGAGUCUGCGCGCGGGCGGCCUGCGCAUGUGUCACGUGAGUGGGCUGCGGCGACGCGCUCGCACUGCGCAGCUCGGCCUGCGUGCGGCCGACAUCGCGCUGUAUCACGAACCGAUCCUCACGAUACCAUCGGAGAAGCCAAGUCUACGUCUCCACGGCUCCGUGCUGCCAUCCUAUCUCAAGAGCACCAUAUACCGCUCCCACAGCGGCGUCAUCAUAAAGGACUGCGCGACGAACAAGGAUAUAUUCACCAUGGCGCUCAAGACUGAACCCGAUCCUGAAACGCCGGGGUUGAAGACGAUCUGCAUAGCGCUGGGCAUCGAGCAGGCGACUCUCCGGCAUCGCGGGGGCGUGGCCUGGCUGACGCAGCUAAUGGACGUGCUGGACGUGGUGGACUAUCCCGUGGCCGGGUACACGCCCUCCACCGUGCUCUCUGAGCUGCACGUCCACGUGUGGGACUGCGCCGUGGACUACAGACCACUGUACCUGCCGAUCCGGACAAUCCUCACCCUGGGUAACUUCAGCGUGUCUAGCAACAUUAUCCCGGACACGAGCAGCUCGCACCUACGGUUCUUGGCGCAGGAGUGCGCGUUGUUCCUCGGCCGCGCGCAAGAAGCCCCGCCCAACGUACACAAAGACUACGUGUGCGUGCUCGACCUUGGAUUGUUUGAGCUAAGCGUGCGGACCGAUGAGAAGAGCAAUGGGUCAUCGCCCGCUUUAUCCGUCACCGCGUCCAACAACAUGGUGAACGUGUACACGUGCUGGGACUCGGCGUCGGCGCUCUGCCGGCUGCUGACGUACGCGGCCGCUGACGGUGACUCCGCUCCUCCGCGCGCACGAUCCAACCGCACCAGCGUGUGCUCCGACAGCACCGCCGAGACGCUCGUCGGUCUUGAAGGUCGACCGAUAGAAGAGAUCCGAGAGUUGUCUCCAAAUGAAAUUCAGCAAGUCAACGACUUGAUGGCCGAAGCGAUGAAAGAAAGCCCUAACAGUACAUUAGAUGAAGACGAACUGAACAGCUCGAUGGAGAAAGAAGGUGUAGAAGUAUUCUUCUUCCCCGACGAGUCGAACAUGAAACAAAAGCAACUGUCGUCGGAGGCCAUAGACGAAGACACGAAGUCUAUGGAAUUCGAGGAAAACAAGAUGGAGGACUCGCUACAUAGACCGACGAACACGCAAGUGACGAAGGACCUGGGCGAUCCUACUUCUACACCCAAGUCUACGCCGAAGCGUGGGAGGAAGAAGGUGGCGUCCGGCGGCGACACGAGCACAGACGACGAGUACUGCAUGGUGGAGGCGGCGGGCGACGGCGAGAUGGACGAGCCGGUGGUCACGUGGCUCGGCUCGUCGCUCAUGCUCGACAACCAUUUCGCCGUGCCGCCCGCUCGCGCCGACGUCCUCGCAGCGCCCAAGAGCUUCCCCCCGCCCGUCACCAGGUACACGCUGUGCGAGCUGAGCCUCACGUGGCACAUGUACGGCGGCACGGACUUCACGCCCGCCAGCGACGCGCACGCCAAAAAGACUGUGACAAUCGACACCAAACGCGGCUCCCCGACGCCCAGUCGUAACAAGGAGUCGGCUGCGCCUUAUCUACGCGGCGUGGGCUGGUCAGCGGGCGGGGAGGCGGUGUGGGCGGCGCCCGCGGCCGCGCCCCGCCCCCUGCGCACGCGCGGCGGGCCCAAACGGGAUCAUAGCACGUGCGUCAAGCUGUGUCUUACCAAGGUGAAGUUCCAGCACGAGACGUACGGUUCCGGCGGCGCGGCGGCGUCGCGGCAGACGCUGGCGGUGACGCGGCUCGAGGUGCUGGACCGCGUGCAGCGCUCCGACAUCAACAAGCUGCUCAGCCAGUACCGCCGCGCCGACGAGCCGGACCGCAAGAACGCGCACAUGUUGGUGGUGAAAGCGGUCCACCUGCGCGCGGACGCGGCGCUGCCGGCGCAGGAGUGCUGCCUCAAGGUGUCGCUGCUGCCGCUGCGGUUCAUACUCGACCAGGACACGCUCGCCUUCCUCGUCGGCUACUUCUCCAAACUCGGCUCCGAUGAUAAUGCCGAUGACGACAACAAGAGUACUACGGGAGAAGCGGGCAGCUCCCGGCAGAGUACUCCGACACACCGUCCGCCCGUCAUGAGCAUCGCCAGCCAUCUGCGGGACCCGCCGCCCACGCCCACCUCGCUGGGCGACCACGAUGCGCUGUCACUUAACGAGACAGUUCUACGCGACGACGAACCAUUAAUGGAGACAUACGAAGCGGAGCGGCUGGUCUCCGAGAACCUCAUACAGCUGGAGGAGGACUUCCAGCGGUUUGGCAUGAACCACGAGAAACCCACCACCAAGCAGCCCGACACGGAACCACUCGACGACUCACCCAUAUACUUCCGGCGCGUAGUCUUCUCGCCUGAGGUACCAAUCCGGUUGGACUACGUGGGAAAGCGAGUGGAUCUAUCUGCGGGACCCGUCGCCGGCCUGCUAAUGGGCCUGGGACAGCUCAACUGCUCAGAACUCACACUCAAGCGGCUGGACUACAAACUAGGCCUGCUGGGCGUAGAGCGGCUGGUGCAGUGGGCGCUGGCGGAGUGGGUGUCGGACAUCAAGCGGCACCAACUGCCCGGCCUGCUCGGCGGCAUCGGGCCCAUGCACUCGCUGCUGCAAAUCCUGACGGGCAUCCGCGACCUGGUGUGGCUGCCGGUGGAGCAGUGGCGUCGCGACGGUCGCGUAGUGCGUGGGCUGCGGCGCGGCGCCGCCUCCUUUACCGCCCGCGCCGCACUCGCCGCCCUAGACCUUACUGCGCGAUUGCUGCAUCUCAUACAGGCGACGGCGGAAACAGCGUUCGACAUGCUGACGCCGAGUCCACCGCUGCCGCUGACGGCGCGCGGGCGGCGGGCGCGGCGCCGGCGCGCGGACAACCGCCAGCCCGCUGACAUACGGGAGGGCGUGGCCAGCGCCUACACUACUGUUAAAGAGGGUUUCGCGGAGACAGCGGCGCAGAUGCGGUGGGCGGCGCGGCGCGGGCACAGCGGCGGCGUGCUCCGUCAGCUGCCGGGCGCCGCACUCGCGCCACUCGCGCUCGCCGCCGCCGGCGCCGCGGACGUGCUGGGCGGCGUGCGCGCUCACAUCGCGCCGCAGGCCGCUGUCGACCAGCAGGACAAGUGGCGCGCGCCAGAUGUCACGGAUCAAUCCUAAGUGUGUAAUACUCAAACGGUGCGAAGCGACUCCUGCGACUCGGUGUAAAAAUGUGAUGUAUUUUAGUCUCCAGUCAAUACAGCUUGGGCUACUUUUUCAUAUCUUAAGAAAAAUGGUGCUUUGCUCUUUUAUUGAAUAAGCAUUUUAAGCAUUUAGUGGCUCAUUUAUGUUUAGUAGAUGUAAAUAGGACAUUUUUUAAUUAUAAAUAUAAUGUAUAGGUGCCAUGACAUUUUUUAUUGUCAAUAGAAAUAUUCUUAAAGGAUAGCAAUACUUAUUUGAUAUAAAACGUGUGAUAUAAAUAUACUC